AUGGCUGUACAGCUGCUGUUCUUCAUCCUCUUCAAUUCCCUUUAUGGGACCAAAGCUGAAGCUCUUCCUCUACCGAACCUAACUGUGGAUCGACUUGUGAUGACAGAAAAUGAUUCAGUCACAUUAAACUGUUCGGCUCCAACACAUGUUUCUGUGUCUCGGUGUGAUUUCUACAUUGAAAACAAAGAAAUGUCUUCAGACUCCUCCUGUGUGAAAACACUGACAGGAUCUGAGAUGCUGAAGAUGUUAAACAUAAGAUCACCAUCUGAUGUCAAAGUUAAAUGUUCCUACUUUACAAAGAUUGAUGCUCUCGAUUUCCCAUCAUUAGACAGUGAAUCAACAACCAUCAUUAUAAACAAUCUUCUUCCAGCCUCACUGACAGUGAAUCCUCUGGUGAUCACAGAGUCAGACUCAGUCACUUUAACCUGUCGGCCUCCAUCUUCUGUUUCUGUGUCUGAUUGUUUGUUCCACAUUGGGGGAGAAAAAACACCACAAAGAUUUUCUUGUGUGAAGAUGAUGACAGCAGCUGAUCUCCUGUCUUUAACCAAACAAAGUUUACCAGCUGACAUUGAUGUAACAUGUUUUUACCUGAAAAUACAUCCGUCUCCAAAGAGUAACCUGCUCACCAUCAUCAUACAGCUUCCUCCACCUGAACUGACUGUGAAUCCACAGCAGAUCACAGAAACAGAUUCAGUCACAGUGAACUGUGGGACUCCUUCAUCUGUUUCUGUGGAGAGUUGUUCUUUAUAUUUCAUAAACUCAAAGAUGUCCAGAAGCAUUUCCUGUGAGCAGACACUGACAGGAAGUGACCUCCUGAUGAUGGCACAUCAAACUUCACCUGCUGAGGUUGAACUAAAAUGUUUCUACAUUGUGAAACGUGGAGGAAUGCAUCAGUCUCCAGACAGCAACACGUCUACAGUCGACAUCCAGAAAGUUCAGGAAACAGAUUCAACAACAUUUCAAAAAGUAACGACUGUCAGUGUGACUGCUGGUCAAACAUUUAGGACAAUAAAAGAAACAGAAAGUCCAUUUUCUCCUCCACCAUCAUCAGUGAAUCCAACAUUAUUUGCUGCAACAGAUCCAAGUGGAAGUACCACAAUCAACACAGCUUCUACUUUGUCAACGUCACCAUCAGAGGCAACAGUUGUUGAGCGUCAGGAUUGGUUCCCUGCAAACACUGUGAUGAUGAUCUGGAGGUUCAUUGCAGUUGGAUUUACCUCUUUAAUCCUGUUUGGAUUGACUCUAAAAUGUUGUGUAAGCAGGAUGGAGAAAUGUUUUUCGAAAAGAUCAAAAGCUGAAGUUUCAGUGGAGCAGAUCCAGAUGUCUAGUUUGAACAACAGAGAUGAGUGACGACUGAACAGAAGAGCCUCAACCAACUAAACUAGUUACUGUUUAUUUUGUGUAAUUUUCAAAUCUGUUUUUAAAUGAAUGUCCCACAACAGCAUUUUAAUAACAAAGCUUGUUGAAUUCACUCCAUAGCAUAAACCUUGAUUUUACAUGUUUUAUUUCAAAAUAUGUAUAAAGGUUUGUUAAAAAUGCCAUGUUGAAUAAAAUGUAAUUUGCUCAAAAAUAAUAAUACAUGAAGAGGAGAACGACUUCAAAUUUUGUGUGUUAAAUCUUUAUUUUAUGGAUGUAUUUGAGAAUUACAUUUAUAACCCAUUUAUAUGAUAUGAAAAUACAUAAAUAACAAAAAAAUUAUCAUUUUCAUUUUAGUUUUUUGACUUGAAAGAGUAACUCACAUAUAUUAUGUUUUAUUUUAUCUAUGUUUGUUUUUGCUCCAUAAUUCCAAGGUAUAUUUUGUUAGUUUUUUAAAUGAUUACUUACUUUCUUGAGUUUAAUCCUUGUGAAUCAUGUUAUCAGUGUCAAAUAUUGUUCUAUACAAAUACAUUUAGCAUUUGUUUUUAUUCUGCUUUGUUUUAUUCAUGUUAGGCCUUUUUACAGGAACAACAGCGUUUUGUUUAUAGAGGAACUGAACCUUCGAUUACCUCAUCUAGUCUGAUACAUGCAAUCAAGUGAGAAACUGCAGAACAACCAAAGUGUUUGGAAAAGAUUUAGGAAAAAAGAUUUAUUUGAAUUUAAUCUGGAGCUGUAAAUUUAAACCCAUCUGUGUGUUUGAGGCUGAUAUGAAGCAAGCAGACAGAUGCUGUUGUGAGGAUCGCAAUAAAUAAUAAAAAUAUCAACAUGUUACUGAGGCCAAAUGUCUUUAC